CCUCUCCUCUCCCUCCCCUCGCCAUUGGAAUCGCCACAACCCACAUUGCCUUUCUCUCUCUCUCUCUCUGCGCUCUCAAAGCUUCUACGCGUUCUUCGUCUUCUUCGUGUUCGAGGAGCCAUGGACGAGGACUUCGAGUUCCCUGCGGCCGGGGAGGAGAUGAACGAGGACGCCAUGGACUUCGGCGACGAGGUGAGCCCGGUCAUGAAGGUCGGGGAGGAGAAGGAGAUCGGGAAGCAGGGGUUGAAGAAGAAGAUCGUCAAGGAGGGAACGGGGUGGGACACCCCCGACGUCGGCGACGAAGUCGAAGUGCAUUACACUGGGACGCUGCUUGAUGGGACCAAGUUCGAUCGUGGAUCGCCCUUCAAGUUUAAGCUUGGCCAAGGCCAAGUAAUUAAGGGUUGGGACCAAGGUAUUAAGACUAUGAAGAAAGGCGAAAACGCCAUCUUCACCAUCCCUCCGGAGUUAGCUUAUGGGGAGUCCGGCUCUCCUCCUACAAUUCCUCCCAACGCCACACUGCAGUUCGAUGUUGAGUUACUCUCCUGGGUAAGUGUGAAAGAUAUAUGCAAAGAUGGUGGCAUCAUUAAGAAGAUUUUGACUGAAGGAGAGAAGUGGGAGAAUCCUAAAGACCUAGAUGAAGUUCUUGUUAAAUAUGAGGCCCGACUUGAGGACGGAGCUGUUAUAUCGAAAUCUGAUGGGGUGGAGUUCACCGUAAAAGAUGGUUUCUUCUGUCCCGCAUUAUCGAAGGCUGUGAAAACAAUGAAGAAGGGCGAAAAGGUUCUCCUCACCGUGAAACCACAAUACGCCUUCGGUGAGAAUGGUAGGCCAGCUUCUGGUGACGAGGGCGCAGUUCCUCCCAAUGCCACCCUCAAUAUUGAGCUUGAAUUGGUCUCCUGGAAGUCCGUUACACAGAUCGGUGAUGAUAAGAAAGUUCUUAAGAAGAUUCUUAAAGAAGGAGAAGGCUAUGAGCAUCCGAAUGAUGGCGCAGUUGUUCAGGUUAAACUCAUUGGAAAGCUCGAGGAUGGAACAGUCUUUGUUAAGAAGGGCCAUGACGGGGAGGAGCCAUGCGAGUUUAAGACAGACGAAGAGCAAGUUGUUGAAGGAUUGGACCAAGCUGUGGUCACGAUGAAGAAAGGAGAAGUUGCCUUGGUGACAAUUCCACCGGAGCAUGCAUUCGGAUCAGCUGAAUCGCAGCAAGAACUCGCAGUGGUACCGCCAAAUUCUACCGUCUAUUACGAGGUGGAGCUUGUAUCCUUUGAGAAGGAGAAGGAAUCCUGGGAUAUGAAUAACGCUGAGAAGAUUGAAGCGGCUGGGAAAAAGAAAGAAGAAGGAAAUGCAUUGUUCAAAGCGGGUAAAUACGCCAAGGCCUCCAAGAGAUACGAGAAGGCUGCGAAAUAUGUCGAGUAUGAUAGUUCCUUCAGUGAAGAAGAGAAGAAGCAAUCCAAGGUAUUAAAGGUCACCUGCAAUCUCAACAAUGCCGCUUGCAAACUGAAGCUCAAACAGUACAAAGAAGCAGAGAAACUUUGUACCAAGGUAUUGGAAAUCGAGAGUACGAAUGUGAAGGCACUAUACAGAAGGGCGCAAGCGUACAUACAACUUGCCGACCUGGAUUUGGCGGAGAUGGACAUCAAAAGGGCUCUAGAAAUUGAUCCGGAUAACAAGGAUGUGAAGAUAGAAUACAAGAUUCUGAAGGAGAAGGUCAAGGAGUACAACAAGAGAGAUGCCAAGUUCUAUGGCAACAUCUUUGCUAAAUGGGGCAAAUUAGAGCACAUGGAAGCCAAUAAGAACAGCGGGAAGCAGGUCGCAGAGCCUAUGGUCAUAGACAGCACAGCGUAAGCGUGUCGUAAGCACCAGUAAAUUUGAUGUUGCUAGUACCGUAUUCUGUUAUAGAGUGCUUAUAGAGUGCAUAUCUGACUAUAGCUUAUAUACCUGCAAUACAACUGAGCACCCCCCACAAAAAAAAAAAAAAAAAAAAAAAAAAAAAAAAAAAAAAAAAAAAAUGCUGUUUGUAGUAACUAGUGCUUGAUAUUAUUAGGGACUAUUUCUCCUCUACUGCAGUAAAAAUUUGCCAUAACCCUGUUUGAUAUUAUUGUAUGUUCAAUUUUAUUCCGAUGUGCCGACGAACUGCAUAAAUCGAUAACUAGAAUCAUGCUCUUUAGCUGAAGAAAGUGAAAUAAGUCGUUUAGAUACGAAAAGAAGUUAUUACUACUAAGUCUAUUCAAAUAGGUGUUUUGCACUCCAGGUUUGUAUAGAGCUUAUCUGAGUUGUCGCCUAUUUGAUUUUCA